GACGCGCGCGUGGAAUCGACACGAGACACAAAACAUCCUCCUCGCACGACCACAGCUUGGUGAGGUGGCCUGGACCUAGUCAGCAGGCUAGACGGAGAGCGAUAGAGGGGCAUUCAAGUGCGCAUAGAGUCUGUGGGUCACAACUAUCAGAAAUGGACAACCGAGAUGCAGCGCCCGUCACAUCUAUACCUCCCGUCAGUCUCAUUCUCAAUGAAACCAUUUCGCUUGUCGCUAGUAUGCGAAAACAGACACGCUGGUCUACUUCGAGCGUCGCUGCUAUCUUAGGAGGAGCUAUAGAAGCGAACAUGGACGAGGAAGGCAGCUUAGCGACCAGAUGGGGUCUACGUGGCAACAGAAGCACUGUCAGCGAGAAUCCCUUACUUGCUGGCUUCUCUAAGCUACGACAAGACUUACUCAAGAUCGAAGACAUCAAUGAGUACGACAUGACUGCGCUCCUGCAUCCGUUCCUGGCUGUUAUACGCAGCUCGGCUGUUACUGGCUCCGUCACGUCUCUUGCGCUAAAUUCUGUUAGCAAGUUCUUCAGCUAUCGCAUCAUACACAACAGAUCGAAGAAUCUGCCGAGAGCGAUGAAAUUACUGAGUAGUGCAGUCACACAUUGCCGCUUUGAAGCAUCAGACAGUGGUCAGGACGAGAUUGUUCUGCUUCGCAUAUUGAUGCUCAUGCAAGAGAUGAUGUCCGGCAUCGGAGGAGACCUAUUAGAUGAUGAGAGCGUAUGCGAAAUGGUGGAGACUGGUCUGAGCAUGUGUUGCCAGAUGCGGCUCAGUGAGAUGCUUCGUCGCAGCGCUGAAAUGACUAUGCUCAAGAUGGUACAGGUCAUUUUCGUCCGACUGAAGCAUAUCCCUGUCAGUGAAGCAGACAGCGUCUGGGCACCGUCGCCUGAAUCACAACCGGGCACCCCGAAUGGCACAUCUAUGCGCUCUCCAACGAAGAUGCAAAAGCCAACUGUGCCGCGCCAGAGUGCAGAGAUGGCUGCGUCGGAAGAGAACAAAGCUUCCCAAACAUCAGCACAAGAAGCGGAUGCUGUCCUUGUGCCUUACGGCAUUGUGACCGUGCGAGAGCUGCUUCGAGUCUUGAUCUCGAUUCUUGAUCCAGCGGACCAGCGUUCGACAGAUUCUAUGCGUAUCAUGGCUUUGCGCAUCAUCGAAGUCGCCUUUGAAGUGGGCGGGAACGCGAUAUCCGAGAGGCCAGUAUUGAGAAGGCUUGCUGUCGAUGAUCUCUGCAGGCAUCUUUUCCAGCUGAUCCGAUCAGACAACCACAUUGUGCUGCAGCAUUCUUUGCGCGUCAUUUCUACCUUGCUUCACACCAUGCGCGUGUAUCUCAAGCUACAGCAAGAGCUGUUCCUCAAUUAUGUCGUUGCUUGUCUAGUUCCUCGACCAGAUGCACUCAAAGAAGCAGGUAUUGAUCCGUCAGUAUACGAAGCACUACCAAUUGCACCAAAGAUCAAGCAAUUGCAGUCUGGGCGCUCUACUCCUGUUCCUGUCAAAGAAAGACAAAAGAUGGGUUUAGAAGGUGGUGGGCGCGGCGCAGAUGCACGAGAGGUCAUGAUUGAGUGUAUUGGAACGCUUGUGCGUAUACCGACCUUCAUGGUGGACCUCUUUGUCAACUAUGACUGUGAGCAGAAUUUGAGCGAUCUUUGCGAGGAUGUCGUUGGAUUCCUUUGCCGCAACGCUUUCCCAGACACUGCCAUCUGGAGUACCACCAAUGUACCGCCCCUUUGUCUGGAUGCUCUGCUCGGAUACAUCAGUCUCAUCCACUCGAGGCUGGAUCUGCGUGCCAGGCAGGUGAACCCCGAUUUGCCGGAUUCCACCAAACUAUCCCAGUCACGUCAGCGCAAAGAGCUCGUCCUCAAGGCUUCCGCCAAAUUCAAUGAAAAGCCCAAACUUGGAGUUGCCUUUUUGCUGGAAAGUGACUUGAUAGACAAGGAUGAUGCGACCAAUUCACUUGCCCAGUUCCUCUUCGCAUCGUCGCGAAUUAAUAAGGAGAUUCUCGGCGACUACAUAUCCAGGCCUGACUCGAUUGAAUUGCUCCGUGCUUUCGUGCGGCUCUUCGAUUACCGUGGCAAGCGUCUAGACGAGGCAUUGCGGGCGCUGUUGCAGCGUUUCCGGUUGCCUGGAGAAUCGCAGCAGAUUGCCCGUAUUGUUGAAGAGUUUGCUGCUGUCUAUUUUGAGGUGAACAAGACAGUCGUGAAGAGCGCCGACGCUGCAUACGUGCUUGCCUAUGCCGUCAUUAUGCUGAAUACAGACCAGCACAAUGUUCAAGCGAGGAAAUCACGCAUGACCUCCGUCCAAUUUGCAAGCAACCUUCGAGGCACCAAUGAUGGCGAGAAUUUCCCGGCCGAAUACCUUGACGCCAUCUACAACGAUAUCAAGACCAAUGAGAUUAUUCUCGCAGAGGAGCACGACACGAGUGCGAGUUUCGCAUACGCUUGGAAGGAAUUGAUGGAAAAGGUUGAUACUGCUGGACCUUUGAUUGUCUGUGAGACAAAUCAGUACGACAAAGCCAUGUUUGAAGCAACCUGGCGCCCUCUCAUCACGACGUUGACUUUCGUCUUCACCUCUGCCACGGACGAUGCCGUGUUCUCUCGCCUCAUAGGUGGGCUCAGUCAGUGCGCCAGUAUCGCAGCCCGGUAUGGGCUACAUGAUGCUAUGGAUCAAAUUAUUCAUGCUCUGUCGCGUCUGACCUUGUUUACGUCAGGUAAGCUUCCGAGCACGCAGCGCAAUCUUUGUGUUGAUGUCGAUGGGCAAAGCGUCACAGUCAGCGAGCUUGGCGUUGCCUUUGGUCGUGAAUUCAAAGCUCAACUGGCAACCGUCAUUCUUUUCCGCAUCUGUGAUGGCAACGAGCGCGUCAUUAGAGAUAGUUGGGAGGCACUAUUUGACAUCUUUGGCGCACUGCUGAUCAACUCGCUCUUGCCACCGACGUUCUCGCAGCUUCAUCGCUUCAUGAAGAUUUCGCCCAUUCCGCUUCCGCCACCUCCAAAAUCGUCGCGGCCCAUGCAGCGGAAUCAAGAGGCCAGUUUCUUCAACAGCUUUGCGUCCUACUUGUCAAGCUAUGCGUCUGACGAACCACCGCCACCGACAUCCGAGGAGCUGGAGAGCACCUUGUGCACAUAUGAUUGCAUCAAGUCCUGCCAUCUGGACAAGUUUGCAGACAAUUUGCUAUCAUUGUCCGUGCAAGAGUCUGAGCCUCUCGUCAAGUAUCUGCUUCGUGCAGCUCAAGAACGGCCGAAGGCAGACAAUGAGCCGAGUGACACGGCAACAGGCAAUGUCGAUUCGAAGCCUGUGUAUCGCCCUAAGGUUUUGCUUUGCCUCGAAACGGCAACAGCCCUUGCCCUUCGAAAUGACGAGAGUGUGGUGGCGUUCGGUGGUCUGGUCAUCAAUGUCCUAUCUGCAAUGCUAUAUCAAGCAGCCGUCAAUCAUUCCAUCACGAAUGAACGAAUCCUCGCCUACCUCCUCAGGCUCCAUCAGGCACAACUUACAAUUGGCAAAGUCGAGGUUGAUGGUUUCUUGGUUCAAUUGAACGAGAUGCCAGAAGCUCUCAUCACCACGCAUGCUGUGCACAUCGCCUAUGGUCUUCUCGAAUGCCUGAAAGUCCCGCAGCAUGGCGACCGACUAUCACGAACUUCAGUAUUCUUUGAUGUGCUAGAAAAAUGCCACCAAAACACGAACGCCGCUUCGCUCCUCUUUGAAAUUGCUAGGCUGCUGUCAGCAGAAGUCACGUCGGAGACGUUUGAGCCUCUUGUCGCGCUGCUCGGUAAUUUUGCUGAUGCCGGUGCGGUCGGUCAAGCAGAUGAACGCCCGUCCGAAGUGGUUCGGACCGCAUCGACGUCGAAGCGCGCUUCUCAACCCGCUGCCCGGCCAACAAAGCCUACGAGGGUCCACAAGGUCGAGGUGGAACGUGCCUGCAAAGCCAUCGAGCUUGUGUAUCAAUUUCGUCUUGAUCUCCCGGUUCUCCUGGAAAGCGAUCGAGCGAGGUCUCGAGAUCACUUGUGGCGUAUAAUGCUGGGCGCUCUGCAGAGUCAAUGUCUCAACCCCUGUCGCGAGGUCAAGCAAGCUGCCUUCACGUACCUACAGCGCACGCUCCUUCAGCUCGAUCUGAGUGGACCGACCGCACCAACGUCUGGAGUCGUUUUUGACGAGCUCCUCGUCGGUCUCAACGACAAGCUUGGUCGGAUUCCGGCCGGCAGUCUUCGUCCAAAAGUUCUUGAGGAAGGCAGAGUACAGGCAUCUUCGCUCAUGUGCAAGGUUUGGCUUCAACAUUUGAGUGCGUUGCAGCAGAGACCGGCGUUUGAUGAGCAAUGGCUAUUGGUGUUGAAGAAUCUCGCUCAAUUGAUGCAGUCUGCAGGCGGUACAUAUUUUGGCGAAGCUGUUUCAGAGUCACUGAAGAACGUUCUGCUGGUGAUGGCCUCUACGGAGAUUCUUGUUCCUGGUUCAGCACUACACAUGCGCACGCAAGCAGAACUUGAUGCUGCUGGUUCGGACAUGCUGCAAGCACUCUUGAAAGGUAGCCGUCCAAGCACAGCCGCCUCGGCACAGGAACAGCCUCUUGAAGCGCCUUUGCAACCGUCAGAGAACAGAGCACCAUCGGACGAGGGACGAGCACAUGCGCAAGCUGUGUGAUAACGGCACAUGUCCUGGCAACACAGCGGCGGCCGAUCUUCACGCGAUCAACUCGUUGAUAUUGUAUAUCUGCCGCUCUGCUUGAAACAAUAUCACCAGAAAUGAAUACAUGUUGCAGCAAGUUGCGACGCCCUGGAAAGCAAUUUUGCCUUCAUGGGAUACUCCAAUUGAUGCCUUCUGAUCUCUGCGCGCCUGGAGGGCUGGAGGAUCAUUUAUAUGUGUUCAAGGGAGAAAAUAUGGCAGAGCUACGUCGAGGGUGUUUGCAGGUAGGUGAUACAGCGGCCUUGCCCCUCCAAACAUCUACUGCCGCUUUCAUGCGCUGACUACAAUAUCUACACGAGCGCAAAUCUGAUGGCCUUCCAGUACAGGGCUUGCUGCUUAUUUCGCCACCAAUGCGCGACCAGCUGGCUGGAUGUAUGCUCCAGUGCGUCUCUGCUUGGCGCAAGUACGUGCUGCGUAUCGUGUAUUGACGAAGAA